GGAAAAAAAAAUUAAAGUAAAAAACACCAAAAGGCCAACCCUAUAUGAAAGCUCUCUCUCGGGAGAGAGUGUGCAGAAAAUACAGCCUAUUUUCUCUCUCUUUUUUUUUUUAACUAACUCUUUUGCUAUUUCUCUCUCUCUACAUUUCAUCGAUCUCUGUACGUACAACGCAAUCGUUUCUCAAGUUUCUCUGCUCAUUUUUUAAGCAUUAAUCACAAUGCAAGUGUAUUUACUUUGUCUUCUGUUUGUUUUCGGUUUGCGCACCUUUUGAUUCUGAUGCUAAUGGAGCAGUACGAAAAGGUUGAGAAAAUUGGUGAGGGAACAUAUGGGGUGGUGUACAAGGCUCGUGAUCGUGUAACAAAUGAAACUAUUGCCCUGAAGAAAAUCCGGCUGGAGCAGGAAGAUGAAGGAGUGCCUAGCACCGCAAUCAGAGAGAUUUCUCUCUUGAAAGAGAUGCAACAUGGGAAUAUAGUAAGGUUGCAGGAUGUGGUGCACAGUGAGAAACGCUUGUAUCUCGUAUUUGAAUAUCUGGACUUGGAUUUGAAGAAACACAUGGAUUCUUGUCCAGAAUUCUCCCAGGAUCCUCGUAUGAUUAAAUCGUUUCUAUACCAAAUACUACGUGGAAUUUCCUAUUGUCACUCUCAUCGUGUUCUUCAUCGAGACUUGAAGCCUCAAAACUUGCUGAUAGAUCGACGCACCAAUGCUUUAAAACUUGCCGACUUUGGAUUGGCCAGAGCUUUUGGUAUUCCUGUCAGGACAUUUACACACGAGGUUGUGACUCUAUGGUACAGGGCUCCAGAAAUACUACUCGGAUCACGCCACUAUUCUACUCCUGUGGAUAUUUGGUCAGUUGGUUGUAUAUUUGCUGAGAUGGUAACCCAGCGAGCUCUGUUUCCUGGUGACUCUGAAAUUGACGAGCUCUUCAAGAUUUUUAGAGUUACGGGCACCCCGACUGAAGAAACAUGGCCCGGGGUAACAUCUCUGCCUGAUUUCAAAUCAACAUUUCCGAAGUGGCCGCCCAAGGAGCUGGCAACUAUUGUCCCAAAUCUUAAUCCUGCUGGUCUUGACCUCCUCAGUAAAAUGCUCUUCCUAGACCCCAGCAAAAGAAUUACUGCAAGACAUGCUCUCGAGCACGAGUACUUUAAGGAUAUUGGCUUUGUCCCGUAAUGUGGGCCCCCCUCAUCCUGGUGCAAAUGUAUAUUGGUAUGUGGCAUCUGUGGGGCUGUUCUAAUGUGUCAGAUAACAAGUUUGUUGUAUGCCCUUUGAUUUUUAUCUGCCUGUUCUUUUUUAUUCGUAAUUCGAUUUCUAUCGAAGUGGUUCUGGUCACAACUUAUGGAACUUGUCUUUGCUGAUUCCUUUUCACUAGCUCUGGCUUAUAUGUGCCCUCGUUUUUGUGUGAUUGCAUCAAGAAUUUUUUCCCCUAAAUUCGUCAGCUUCUUUGUAAGAUUGUGCUGAUGUAAAACAUGUUUAUCUGUUACUCUCCUCGUUAAUAGGUCGACAUGGUGUGCUGUUAGUUUGGUCAAAA